AUGGAAUCAUGGGUAGGGAAGGUCAUUUAUCGUUGCAUCACCAUGGCUAUUUCUGACUUUUACACAGCCAAUCCUCACUACACAACAAGGAUAGUUUUUAUAACUAGAGAUACCAAAGGAGAACAACUUCGUGCCUUGUCUUCUGCUCUGGAUCUUUUGGAGAACACUAAAGUGCAAGCGAUAAUAGGUCCCGAAUCAGAAGCAAGAUUUCUGGACGUUUUUGAACACAAGGCUAACAUACCAAUUCUUUCCUUUUCAACAAGUCAUCCCUUUCCAAAUCGUAAUCCUUAUCUUCUUCAAAUUUCACAAGAUGAAACCACUCAGUUCAAAGCCAUUGCUGCCAUGGUUGAGUCGUUUAAAUCUGCGGAUGUGAUUGUCAUCUCUGAGGACACUGCAAAUGGGAGAGAAAUGACUACUUAUAUGGUUAGUGCGUUUCAAGAAAAAAAUAUAUAUGUUAUGUAUAGUAGCUUCAUUUUAGCCUCUUCCAACAAUGAACAAGUGUGGGAAGAGCUUCGUAAGCUUCAAACUAUGCAAGCCAUGGUGUUUGUGGUGCAUGUGUCACCUUCUCUAGCUGCCACUCUUUUCUCCAUGUCAAAAGAGCUGGGCAUGAUGGGUGAAGGAUACAUGUGGAUUGUAACAAGCAAGACUACCAACCACCUGGAUUCCAUGGAUUCUGAAGCAAUCAAAACAAUGCAGGGGGCUGUGGGUUUCAAAUCGUAUGUUCCAGCAUCAAGGGAGCUUCACAGCUUUGUUUCAAAAUGGAGAAAGGAACAUUAUGCUUUGGACCCUUUUAUGGAGUUUAAGGAGGUAGAUUUUAAUGGUAUAUGGGCAUAUGAUGCAGCUUAUGCUCUAGCCAUGGCUGUUGAAAAGGUACAAACUUCAGAAUUAGCUUCGAAAGAGUUGGGUACCAAUAUUGGCACAUCACUACUUUUAGAUGAGAUGUUAAGAGUCAAGUUCCAUGGUUUAGGUGGUGAAUUCAAGCUUAUGAAUGGAAGAAGCAUCUCCAAAGCCAUGGAAGUCGUAAAUGUGAUUGGUAAGGGUGGUAGGAGAGCUGGGUACUGGAUGAUGGAUACGGAUGAGUUUUCCAAAGAAAUAAAGAAAUCAAAUUCCUCUUCCAAUAGAAAAGGCCUUGAAAUUAAUUAUGAUCUGGCCAGAACAAAUCAAUCGGCUGCAAGCGGCUUCUGUGGUGAUGUUUUCAAUGCUGCGUUUAACUCUUUAGAUUAUGGAGUUGGUGUUGAGGUUGUUCCUUUCUCUUAUAAGGAUGGAAUUACUUACGGUGAUGUGAUCCAAAAAAUCUAUCUUAAGGAAUAUGAUGCUGCUAUUGGAGAUAUAACAAUCACACCAAAUAGAUCUCUUUACGUUGACUUCACUUUGCCCUUCACUGAUCUAGGAGUUGGCAUAAUAGCCCAAAACGCCAAGAACAAACAUCGUACAAACAAUGAAUUUCAAGGUUCAACAAGACAGCAAAUUGGAACAACCCUCUGGUUUGCCUUUUCAACCCUCGUUUAUGCUCACAGGGAGAAGCUGCAAAGUAAUCUAUCAAGAUUCGUGGUUACUGUUUGGGUUUUCGUAGUGCUUGUUCUCACAUCAAGUUACACUGCAACUUUGAGUUCACUUUUAACUGUUCAACAGAUUGGGAUGAAGGAUUUCUCUAUCGGAUUCUUCCAGGCUAUUUCGCCCCUAGGAGGAGUUGUCAAUAACAAAUUUAAUGCUGUUGAGGCCUGGUCAGAGAAACUAUAUGCACCUGAGGACUAUACUAAAGCAUUAGCAGCCGGAAAAGUUGAAGCAAUUGUUGCUGAGAUCCUUUACAUCAAAUCUUUUCUUGCAAUGUAUCCUGAUUCUGAUAUAUCAAUGAUCGCAACAGCACCCACCACCAAUGGUUUUGGCUUUGCGUUCCAAAAAGGUUCACCUUUGGCCACAGAGAUGUCCACUCAAAUAGCAAAAAUGCGUGAAGACGGGACACUCAAAGCAUUAGAAGAUAAAUGGUUGAAACGUGAAUCUGCAUUGAUGUCAAAGGAUUUUUCUUCCCCUUCACCAAAACUCUUGAAUCUUUAUGGGCUUCGGGGUCUCUUUCUUAUCAGUGGUGUGUCCAUGGCAUUGGCCCUUUUGGUUUCCAUGAUUGACCUUCUUCGUGAGAAAUGGCAUAUCAAAAAUAAGAUUAAGAUGUUAAGGUGCAUCUUACAUAGAUCUUCAGAAAUACAUACACAUAAUAGUGAUGUGGAAUCAACGGUUUGAAUUUUCUGU